AUGUCGGAAUCCUUGGCAUUGCGCCUCGGAAAGGACCCGCGCUCACUUGACAACUGUCUGCGUGAACAAAGGCUUCCGGGUGAGACCUUUAUAAUGGACGAUGAGGAUGGCUACGCCAUAUUCCUGGGGCUUUUCGCCACGGGCCAGACGGAACCAGGAACCCAAGAUAGCGAUGAGGUUCCGCUUUCCAACAUCCCCGGCAUCGCAGUACAGCCUGACGAAGAGGAAGCGGACUUCAGCCCUACUCCUGUCACCAGCACAGCUCGGACAAAGUCGACGGAAAAAGCGGCAACCAACGUAGGCAAGUCCUAUAGGACUCUCCUGAAUGGCAACAUCAAAUCCAGUCUGUUGAAGAACGGCACCUACCUAGACUUUCGCGCCUCCCUGAUACGCCUAUACGAUGGAUCAGAUGAAAGCUUCAACGUAGCACAUAGCCAAGGAGAGCUCCAUGGCCCCGCCGUAGCAGACGGGUGGGCCAACCAGGCAGCGGAAAACCCGGACGACCAUGGAGUAGAAUGGCUCCGGCAAGGUAGCGGAUGUGGACGCCGGGGCGACGUGCCACUUCCGGUCUCACUGGCACAUCUCAAGAGACGGAUUAGCCACCAGAAGUGGAGAGAGGCAGAUCAGUGGUCACUGACCCGGAUCAAAAAUCGGCGGUACGAUACCAAGCAGCCUCCCAAAAAGACCCGGAUCCGUGUGUUCUACUUUUCCUUUGAGUUUAUCCCUACUUGA